GGCGGGGAAACUGAGGCCCGGGAGACUGGGGCGGAGCUGGCCCCGGGGCGAGCCCAAGCCCCCGCCCCCGGCCGGCCCCGCCCCGGCCCGUAAGAGGCCCCCUGGGCGCCGGGCGCAGCCGCACAGCGCGGCGCGGGGGGCCGGGGCCGGGAUCGCGAUGGCAGCUCAGCGGCUGGGCAAGCGGGUGCUGAGCAAGCUGCAGUCUCCGUCGCGGGCUCGCGGCCCGGGGGGCAGCCCCGGGGGGUUGCAGAAACGACACGCGCGUGUCACCGUCAAGUACGACCGGCGGGAGCUGCAGCGGCGGCUAGACGUGGAGAAGUGGAUCGACGGGCGCUUGGAGGAGCUGUACCGCGGCAGGGAGGCAGACAUGCCUGAGGAGGUCAACAUUGAUGAAUUGUUGGAAUUAGAGAGCGAAGAGGACAGAAGCCGGAAAAUCCAGGGACUCCUGAAGUCGUGCAGGAACCCCACAGAGGACUUCGUUCAGGAGCUGCUGGGGAAGCUACGAGGCCUCCACAAGCAGCCCGGCCUCCACCCGACAAGCCCCUCCGGGAACCGCAGCCUGAGCCCCCUCCAGGACCCAGCCCGGACCGCGCCACCCUGACCUUCUUGCCUCCGUGCCUCCUCCCUUCUCCCCUACCCUCCACACCGUCCUGGCUUGUUUGUAAGUUGUAUGUAAUGGCUCUGUAACAAUACGGUGUGCCUGUUUUUCCUC